CAGAUGCAGAAUACUUCAGAGAUGACUCAGUUUAUUCUUUUGGGGUUAACAGAUGCCCCAGAGUUGCAAGUCCCUUUAUUUAUCAUCUUCACUCUUAUUUAUUUGACAACACUGCUUGGGAACCUUGGGAUGAUUAUGUUGAUUCUCCUGGACUCCCGACUUCACACUCCCAUGUACAUUUUUCUCAGUAACCUCUCACUGGUAGACUGUGUUUAUGCCUCCGCUGUCGCUCCCAAGGUAAUAGAAGGAUUUCUCACAGAACACAAGAUCAUGUACAAUGAAUGUGCUGCCCAAAUGUUCUUCUUCAUAGCCUUUGCAAUUAUUGAAGUUUUCCUGCUUGCCUCAAUGGCUUUUGAUCGUUAUGUAGCAGUAUGUAAACCCUUGCAUUACUCUACCACCAUGACAACUACAAAAUGCACCCUGCUUGUUGCUGGUUCUUACAUCAGUGGACUCUUACAAUCUUCCAUUCAUGUUGUCUUCACUUUCCACCUCUCCUUCUGUCAUUCCAAUGUGAUUAACCACUUUUUCUGUGAUAUUCCCCCAUUGCUGGCUAUUUCUUGUUCUGAUAUAUAUAUUAAUGAAAUUAUACUGUUCAUGUUGGCAGGGUUCAAUGUUACUUUAACUCUAUUGGUUAUCUUAAGCUCCUACCUACUUAUCUUUGUUGCAAUACUGAGGAUGCGUUCUGCUGAGGGUCGGAAGAAGGCCAUUUCCACCUGUUCAUCCCACCUCACCACUGUUUCCAUCUUCUAUGGUACAAUAAUAUUCAUGUACUUACAACCCAGUACUAGUCACUCCAUGGACACUGACAAGGUAGCCUCUGUGUUCUACACAAUGAUCAUCCCCAUGCUAAACCCUCUUGUCUACAGCCUGAGGAACAAAGAGGUAAAGAAUGCCUUCAAGAAGGUUGCUGUAAAAGCACUGUCUUCACUACAAUUAGUCAAUUAA